AUGGCCUCCACGCAGGUUCAUCCGGGCAGCUUUACCCACCCCGGCGGCAAGAUCUCCAAGUCGCGGAGCCGCACUGUGGUCAAGCCCAUUCUCAAGAAGCUGCACUCCCAUCACUCGGAUCGUGAGUCGCUCGACCUCGACCGUGGCUGGGACGAUCAGCCGUCGCCGGGCCUUGCCGCCGGCCCUGAUUUCGGCACCUACGACAGCGACGGAUCCUACUCGACUCCAAAUGGUCCCGGGGCCAGAUCCGCACGCGAUCAACAGCCGCAUGCCUCGACUCCUCCACUGUCGUACGCCAACUCGAGGACCUCCUUCGAGAACGGCGUGCCAACCGGCUACUCUCCCACCAUCACCGAGGACGACGCCGACGUCGAUCCGUACUCGUCCUUCCACUCUGCUUCCACCGCUCCUCGCCCGGCACUGUACCAGUCUGCCUUUUACCAGCACCCUAACCAUCGCCGCCCUUCCAUGGCCAGUCAGCGUACCAGCUCGCUCUCGGAUGGGACCCAGACAACGCGGAUACCUGCUACUCGAUCCAACUCGGGCACGACUCGCCCGCUGGCGCCCCCGUCUCUGAAUCAGAGCAAGUCGGAACUGGAUUCCAGCGCUUUGUCUUCCCUGGAUGUCGACUCCCCUCUCUCAUCAACCGCUCCUUUAGGGACUGCUGGCACGAUGCUCUCUUCCGUACAGACCCAGGCCAGUGCAACUUCAACCUCGGCUGCGCCCCUGUCGCCGCUGCGCAGCUCGCUGGACAUGGGCGUGUUCCGCCUGCGCUCCAGGAGCGAGGUGGACACCUUCACUCACCAGGAGCAUGUCCGCGAAGCCCGCCGCAAGUUCGAGGCCAAGGAGCGCGCCAAGGACGAAAAGUAUGCCAAGGAGCAGCUUCGUAAACGAGAACGUGCCGAAACCAAGGAGGCACACAAGCUUGAAAAGUCGCAUCCUCGGCUUCGCAAAGGCAGCGCGGGCCACGGCAGCGUCUCGAGCAGCACCAUGUCUAGCGGCACCGACCUCCGAAUCUCCUCCUCAGGAAAGCGCGGCGCAAUGCUGGAAGACAGCCGCGAGAAGGUAGAGUUUUCCUCCUUUGGCUACAACAGCACGCACGGUGGGCAGACGGCUCCCUCUAGGGCCGACGAGGUUCAUUUCAAGUCGCCAAAGAGAACCAAGACCGCCAAGCACAAGACCAUGGGCGUCUGGACCGCCUUCAUGCUGUGGCUUCGGACUCGUCUGCUCAAGAUCGGCAGACGAUAG